AUGUGUGGGGAGAGACGCACGUGUUUAUCACCUCUUGAACAAGAACGUUGUCGCAUCAUCCCUGCGCUGCCACAACUUUUCGAAAGCCAACCACAAGAGAUCGAAUCACUCCACCGUAAUUCUGUAGAUGCAUGGUUACGAGACUCAACGACGGACUCAAUUCACUCUCAUGAAGCACAUCAAGCAAAUCACUCUCCAGCUUCUCGCUGCUGCGGAAGAGACUCUUCAAUCAACAUCACGAAUGUGUUUCAAUUGGCGGAAGUCUUGCCACCACAGGAUACUAAAUCUACCCUCCCUGACACCGCGCCAUUCAGAUUUGUUCCAGUGCAGAACAGUAUCUCAGCAACAAAUAUUAACUCACAGCGUCUCUUAUCCCAAUCUCCCUCAACAGCUUCAGUAGUCUCGUCUCACUCCUCGCAUUCCCUACAGGAUCUUGAUCAGAACGAGAAUCUUCCUGAAAAUGAUUCAAAAGAAAUUCCUGUCGAGGAGCGUGAAACUCAGGCCUCUCCAGAAGCGCCCUUAUCGAAGCUUGCAUCUGCUAGAAAAGAUUCAUGCAGUUGCUACGGCGUCUCACGUGAUUCUGCACCUCUGCUUCAAGAUCCAGCGUCUACAACUGUUUUGUCAUCCGAAUUUCCUCACCUAGCAACAACGUCCCGUCAUGUCAUUGAUAUUGUACAGAACAUCUCUGGUUUAACCAACCAGAAACAGCCCGAAAAACGGAUUCAGUUGCGUUAUCUCUCUUCAGCGUCCCCGCAGCAUCCUUCGGCUGCAUCCAACUUGCCUCCUGCUCAGCUCUUCGGGUUUCCUGAUGGACCUAUUGGAUUGCUGAAGGGCGAGGUUGUUCUUCUAGGCGAUGGCGGGGCUGAUCUACCGUUGUAUCUGAAUCGUGGAGGGUGUGAAGCAUUGAGCUAUCGCCCUCUUCGUAGUCUUGCUGUCCAUACGGCUCAAUUGGAACAAGCAGUGAACGUCUUGAAAAGCAUCUCUAUCGAUGGUCUGGUUAUCUACGCUGGCCGUGAGGAUUUGUUAGCUGCUUCUAAGCUAGCGGAAACUGCCGCUCGAUUGAAAUGCAACACACGAAUCAUUGCUGUACCGCAUAGCGUUGGCGGUGAUAUUUUUUUACCUGAAUAUCUCCCUACAACACUAGGAUUUGACACAGCAAGACGAAUUUCGACUGAGCUGAUAGGAAAUAUUGCUACUGAUUCUGUUUCGUCGAAAAAAUAUUAUCAUUUCUUACGAGGGGGAUCUUCAAUUCUAACGUUGGAGGGAGCGCUCGUAACGAGACCAACCGUCUCCAUUAUAGCUGAAGAAGCACAUCAGAUGAAUUUAAGUUUGCAAGCAAUUGUUGAAAAAAUGGCGAAUAUCAUUAGUUUCCGUGCUGAAACUUUGGGAAAGCGUUCAGGGACAAUUCUGAUGUCUGAGAAUCUGGUUGAAUCUCUUCCUGAGCUUCAAGUUCUGAUGGAAGAACUAACGGAAAGGCUAUCGUGUUCCCCUUGCUUUGGACCUAAUUUAAUUGACCCGCUCGACCCUCAACCUCCUCAUGGAUUAACGCACGAAUCUGAACGCUUAUUUCGAUUGCUUCCGAAAGAGAUUCGCUUGAGUCUUCUAACCCGCCAGGAUCACGAGGGACGUCCUGCGUUGCCACCAAUUCACUCCGAAAUUCUAGUCGCACAUUUGGUGGAUCGACUCCUGAGAAAACGACCAACUUUUAACGCUUCUACGGAAAAGGCUUUCCUUUAUCGAACGCACGAUAUGAAUCAUGAAUGUCAUUGCGCGAUGCCAACGGACUUCGACUGUUGUCUUGGAUACGGCCUUGCACACGUUGCAGGAGCUCUAAUUGCUGGUGGACACAACGGAUACGUGGCAUGUGAGUGA